AACAGAAAGGAGAGGGGGGGACAAAACUCCAGGGCUUGUUAUGGAGUUCGUGUGAAAGAAACACGGAUUUCCACCCGUCUUUACUAGUUAAACCAGUAUCUCUGGAUAGAACACACUCAAGUACUUCAACAGGUAGAGUCUCUGGUCGCAAACUCUUUCGUGGCUCCUCUGAAAAUAAUCUCCCCCCCCUUUUCUCUCUCCGUUUACCUCAAUUGAGUUUCCAGCCCUUUUGUUCGCUCUUCUUAUCACUUGGAUAAAGGUCGGAAAGCUUCAGAGAUGUCUUGUCAAGCCAGACACUUUGGAGCUGACAGACCAGUGCAAAGAGGAGACAGGACUGACUCUGGACGACAUCAUCAAAGCUGAGCCCCUGGAUAAAGUUCUGCAACAGAGCCAUGGCAACAUUUUUGGAAACUGUCAAGGGUCUUGAGCUUGUAAAUUUGAAGUGCAGCUCCUAUUUUCACAUGACCUUGACCCCAGAAAAUUGCAGAAACAUUUACAGGUUCCAGCAGUCAGUGUCAUCAGAACUGAAAUGCCUCGGCAGAAGCUCUUACACACUUUGUGUCAACAGUCCCCUUGUUAUCCGACAGGCCCUCCACCCUGAAGCUUCCAAAAAGAAUCUUGUCCUUCCUGAAUGUUUCUUUUCAUUUGUGGAUGUGAGGAAGGAGUUUCACAAAUGCUGCCCCAACGCUGGCCCUGUGCAGAAGCUCACACUCGCCUCCAUGUUGGAAUAUGUUGGUCUACCUGCUGUGUCAGAGCAGUUGAUGGAUGUGAAGGAGGUGAGGAGCAUGGUGCAGCUGACACUUUGCAUCCUGGCUGAGCCCUACAAUCACACAUUCUCCUGUGUUGAAACAGUGAAGUACAAGUUUGAUUCUGGCACAUGCAGUAAGACUGAGCCAGUGGACAGUGAGACAGUGAUCAGAGCGCGGGGGCUUCCGUGGCAGUCCUCAGACCAAGACAUUGCUCGCUUCUUUAAAGGCCUCAGUAUUGCGAAGGGUGGCGUAGCCCUGUGUCUUAACGCUCAGGGCAGGAGGAAUGGCGAGGCCUUGGUUCGUUUCAUCAACUCUGAACACAGGGACCUGGCCCUGGAGCGCCACAAGCACCACAUGGGCAGCCGCUACAUUGAGGUCUACAAGGCCACAGGAGAGGAAUUCCUCAAGAUUGCUGGAGGUACAUCUAAUGAGGUGGCCCAGUUCCUGUCCAAAGAGAACCAGGUGAUUAUCCGUAUGCGGGGGUUGCCGUUCACAGCCACACCCCAGGAAGUGCUGUCCUUCCUCGGUCCCGAGAGCCCAGUUACAGAUGACGCUGAGGGUCUGCUCUUUGUCAAGUACCCUGACGGACGGCCCACUGGCGAUGCCUUUGUGCUCUUCUCUUGUGAAGAGUAUGCCCAGAAUGCCCUGAAGAAGCACAAGCAGAUCCUGGGGAAGCGGUAUAUCGAGCUGUUUCGCAGUACUGCAGCUGAGGUGCAACAGGUCCUGAACCGCUAUAUGUCCACGCCUCUGAUCUCCACACUGCCCCCUUCACCCAUCGUGCCCGUCCCGGUCCUCGCCACGCCUCCCUACCUUCCAGCGGCCAGCAGCACACGCGACUGUGUCCGCCUCCGUGGUCUGCCCUACACUGCUGGCAUUGAAGAUAUCCUGGAGUUCAUGGGAGAGCACACCGUUGACAUCAAACCCCAUGGAGUCCACAUGGUCCUCAACCAACAGGGUCGGCCCUCUGGUGAUGCUUUCAUCCAAAUGAAAUCAUCUGACAAGGCGUUUAUGGUGGCCCAGAAGUGCCAUAAAAAGACCAUGAAGGACCGUUAUGUGGAGGUGUUCCAGUGUUCCACAGAGGAGAUGAGCAUUGUGCUGAUGGGAGGAACUCUGAACCGCAGCGGCCUCUCCCCUCCACCCUGCAAGCUUCCCUGUCUGUCUCCCCCCACAGCCUAUGCUGCCUUCCCCACCCCGCCUGCGAUUCUCUCCGAGGCUGCCCUCUACCAGCCCCCCCUACUGGCUGCUCCCAGACCUCCUCAGACCACCGCACACAGCCCUGCUCACACUCUGGCCUACUACCCCCCUCACCCACACCUGUACAUGAAUAUGAACAUGAACUACACCGCUUACUACCCCAGCCCCCCAGUUUCUCCUUCCACUGUCAGCUACUUUGCGGCUCCACCAGGAGCAGUGGCAGCAGCAGUCGCAGCCCAACCCCACCCUGGUGCAGCGGCCGCCUCUUCUGUACUGCCUCAGCCUGGCGCUCUGGUCAGGAUGCAGGGCCUGCCCUACAAUACUGGAGUCAAGGACAUUCUCAGUUUCUUCCAGGGAUACCAGCUCCAGCAGGACGGCGUUCUCAUCUUGUACAACUUCAGUGGCCAGUGCAGCGGCGAGGCCUUGAUCACCUUCCCCAGUGAGGAGAUUGCCAGACGGGCUGUAACCGAGCGCUCCAACCACCCCUUCUACGGCCAGCAGGUCCACUUGGUCUUCUGUAACUAACCACCAGCCCUUCAUCGCUCUCCUCCUCCCACAAUUUAACCUCCUGUUGAAGAGAACUCACCUCCCAAAUACAUCUCUUCAGCAACAGCUUUUCCAUAAAACUGAACUGAAGUUCCAGUUGAUCCCAGUGCUAAACAGCUGCUGAACCUCUCCCUUUUUCUGUGAUCUGCCAUUUAUUAAUACACAACUGACACUGCUGGCCCUGACACUCCUGAAGCCGCUGCUGGAGUUUGGACAUCCACUGAUGAAGCAGCUGAAGUCAUUGAAGCUUCAUGUGGAGCUAAUGACUUUGUGGAUGUAACACAUGUCAUUUCUGUGUGUUUGCACCUACUGUAAUAGCUGCUUGUGGAGAAGAGAUGGUAUGGAGCCUGGACACACUCAUAUCAGUGGCUCUGCAAAGCCAAAUGUGCAUGUAUAUUUAAAUGCUCUAUAUAUGUGUCAACCCGUAAAACUGUACAGAUGUUCAUCCUGAAAUGCUUGAGGCUGUACAAACCACUGCAUACUAUCUUUUCUGUAUAUUACAAAAUUUUCACUCUUAACCACUACAAAAUUUACAUUCUUCAGAGUUUAUGAUCCUUUGUGUUAGCUCUAUGCAAACACAGAUGUGUGUAUGUGCAUGCACAAUGUUUAUUGAUUUAAUGGCCUCCAGCCAUGUAGUGGUGCCAUUAAAAAGAGAGAGAAAAAAGCCAUAAAGACUGACUUAGACUACUAAAACAACAGAGGGAAUAUCAAACUGUACUUGACUCAACUGUCACGGAUUAAUUUGAACUAACUUUGAGCUGCAGCGACUAUCAGUUAAAACGACAGCAGCACCCACACGUGUGCCAGUUUACCAACUAAUUUGUAACAUGAUUUUUCUCUGUACAAAGCAUUUAUGUGUGACAUACAAUACAGUAUGUCAUCCCAUUUAGACCUUUUCCAAGCACUACAGAUUUAUUUGCUCCAAUCAGAGCGUCUUUGAGUAGAAUGACAAAUUGGAGAUUUUGUUAUUAAAUGUAAAAGGACAGAGGCGUAUCUUGCAGCCUUUUAUAAUGAUCGACCUCAGCUACGAGAUCUCUUCUGCUUUUGUUUCCACACCAUUCCUAACAAUCUGUCUGUCUUUAAUUCCUGCUUAUGACCGGAGUACUGUGUAAAAGCUGUACGAAUUUUUCCUGUGACAGGCCUGCUGACAGCUGUUUUAAGUUUUUUUUUUUUUGUUUUUUUCCCUCUUUACUGUGCCUAGUUUUUUUUCCCCUCAUUACUGUGCCUACAUUACCCAGAGUGCAAUACUGGCCCAAACAAGGCUAGAUCAACCUCUGGUGGCAGAGGAGAUAUUUGUUUCUUUUGUUGCAAGUUUGAGACUUGUAUGAAUUUAGAUCUGUGUAUAAGGCUGUAAACAAUAAAACAUGUUGACAAUGA